UUUAUAACAACAAUUCUCCUUUUCCUCAACGGAUGGCAACUUCCAACCGAAGCGCAAUCAAAGUGCAAUCGCACUCAGACAGAACGUGCUCCAACCGUUCAAAUCCUACGAAAGCGCUAUGAUCUUUUUAAGAAAUUCCAAGGUUCUCCAACAAGACCCAAGAAUCCGACCGGCGACACAAAUAACCGUACAUGUCCCUGGACAUACGUGUUGGACACAGACCAGAAUAGACUCCCCCAGAAAAUUCCAACGGCAAUAUGCAGCCAAUGUUCAUUUGACUGUACAGCGAGAGAAUACUGGCAUAUGGCGCUAAAAAAAAAAUGUGACAAGAAAACCGGGGAAUUUGUUUGGGUGAAGACGCAG